UUAUUGUUAUGAUUUAACGAAACGAAGCAGCCGCAUCGGAAAUUUCAAGGUGGGCAGAGCCACGGCAAUGGUGUGUGUCGGUGUCGUGCGAUUGUACCGCAAAUCCGCGGUCUUGGACCUUCUAUUCGGUGCGAUUGUGUUCGCGACGCUACUGGACAUUUCGAGGACUAAGGAUGUCUUUGAAGACGCUGAGACAGAGCUCACGGUCACCCUGCGAGCGGGUGGUAUCGAGUGUUUUCACCAGCCGGCAAGAGUCGGUCAAGUACUCGAAGUAGAAUACCAAGUCCUCGAUGCCAACUUUGGCAACAUGGAGAUGCAGCAGAACAUGGACAUAAACUUCAUCCUCAAGUCGCCGACGGGUGAGGAGAUCAUCAAGGAGCAGUCUCGAACGGAGGCCAUUCACAGGCACGAGGUGAAGGAACCUGGCGACCACACGAUGUGCUUCGACAACAGUAUGUCGACUGUGUCGAGCAAGACGGUCUACUUUGAGGUGUACGUAGACAAGACGGGAGGAGGAAGUCAGGAGGAGGAUGAAUGGGACGCCGGCGAGAUUCCCUACUCGCCUGAGCUCGUCUACAACGACACCUACAAGGACAUCAAGGCAACCAUCAAGAAGGUGCAUGAGAACUUGAACCAGGUGACGCACUACCAGGACGCCAAGCGCGCACACGAGGCGCGCGACCGCAACGUGCAGGAGCACAACUUCAUGCGCGUCAACCAGUUCUCCAUGCUCUUCAUCGUUGUCAUGCUGGUCGUGGGCGCCGUCCAGGUCAUCAUGGUUCGGAGCCUCUUCGAGGAGCGCAGCCGUCUGCGCAAGAUCUUCCAGUACCUCUCCUGACAAUGGGGCCGCCUACAGUUGUCCUCAUUCUCAUCCUCGUUGUCCUCCUUUGUUUCUUUCUCAACCUUGCCUCUUCCCACCCGAGAAACUGAGUCUACGACCCCCGGUAUGGUCUUCUUUAAUCGGGAGUGCCGAUGCGACGUGUUGUCGAGUUGUCUUUUGAGUUCGAGCGCUCGGACGUGCUCGCUCGCUUGCCGCCAAAAAAGGAGAGCCCACUGCCCUCACUCACGUUUGUUUUGCUCACGCUGGUGUGUGCUUUCGGGUCGUUGCAUUCGCCGUUGCGUCUAUUAUGUCGUCUUUUCUCUUGGCACACGGAACGGAAAAAAAGGGCAGCAACCUCUUGUUUUACGCCGGCUUUUCAAGCCAGUUUUUGGCUACCUCUUCAACGAAAAAAAAAACUUACCUAGCUACGUGCCAUUUCUUUCUUUCUCUCUUUUUUUUCUCAACUGUGAAAAAGGUGUUUCGCAGGACGUCUGGUCAAGAGAGGCAUUCUUUUUUUUGCUUUGUUGAUAUUUUGAUACCACUUAAUUGUUGCGAGUCGGUACGUGCAGCAAGGCCUUUCCGUUUAUGAUGUUAAUACUUCAUUUUUGUACUUUUUGUCUUACCCUUGUUAUUCUUUUUUUUUUAGACUCAUACCAAAAAGAAAUGUUUUUGAAGCCUGUACAAUAGCUGUCGCAUACUGUUGCCCCAAGUUUUAUGUUGCACUGGUAGCAUCUUUUUGUUGUUUUUUUCUCUGCCUUUUCCAUGCCAUUUUUCUGGAAAGAGCGACUUCACUGCAUCUGCCUUGUACUGCAGUCUUAUGCUCUCGAGUAUACCCAGUUACGCAGUUCAUAUACGAAGAACAGAUUCUUGGGCGAGCUGAUAAUUCGUUAUAAAUAAAGUGCUGAAGAAUGAGGAACAAGAGCCAAGGUGUCGGUAUGAGCUCUCAUGUUGUCAAAUUCUUGUCCAUUGUUCCUAAUUCUUUAGCGCUUUAUUUUAUUAUAUGCACACAUGCAUAUAUACACCCAUACAUGGGUUAGUACGUACUAUAAGCAAAGGUGCUAGUCCUGAGGUGAUCAGCAUCAUUGCCGGUGCAGGAGUGUGGCUUUAGAGAUUUACUGAUAUGCAGGAGCCAUGCUGUGUGCACUUUCAUCUGUCAGAAGUGUUGGGAAUAUAGGAAUUGUGAAACUACAAUAUUUUUAAUCACAUGCAACGUAUGUAGCUGGCACCUCCAACUAUGCUGUAGUUGGACAUUUUGACUCUGGUAGCUUUUAGUUCUGCCCAUCUGAGAUUACGUUUAAAAAAAAGUUGGCCCUCCCACAUUCCAUACGCUGUAUAAAUCGAUUGAGUGCAGUAACCAAAGGCCGAAUGCACAUUAUGACAGCAUCACCCUGGGUGAAAUGAGCCUAUGUUGCAUACAUUGAAAUGCCAACAUCAACUGGCAAAUGGCUUUUUACUGAAGCGAGUGCUGAUGAGUGGUUUAAGCUUAAGCGUGAAUUGGACAGGCAGGGUUAUGUUGGUCUUCUCUGUCUACAAACCUUUGUUUUGUUAUAUGUUAGCUUUUCCAUCAUUAUUUGGCGAUUGCCUUGAGUUGCAUUUGAGAGACAGCAGUUUCCUACAUUCCUUAUUUUUUAUGGCCAGCCGGAAUAGCAGUGAGCAGGAUGCCAUAUUUUAGCCUCCUCUCCUCUUCUCUGCAAUCUCGCCAGUCGGGCGCUGGUCAACGCGGGCAUUGUCUUCUCCUGUCCUGCCAUCUUCCUUUAAAUUAACUUUCCUAACCACGAUUAGGCAGGGCCAGAGCACAAUGAUAUCCCAGUAAGCUUGUGUCGCAAUCCUACAUUGCUUAUUAGAAAGUCUCAGCUCCCGAUGCGAGCGUAUUAACAUCAACAUAUUACUGUCAUAUCAGUAGCAAUUGGCAACACCUUGUGACAAAGUGUUGUACGAGAAUGUGCAACAAGUACUCAAGGUGCCCUGCAGUUCCCGGUGAAGUAAGGAGGAACCUAAAGUGCACUCUUACGAAAAUUGUUGCGAACACAGCAGCAGAUUAACAUAGAACACGUCUGUGCAUUGUAAAAAGAAAGGGGUUAAGUGCGCCUUGAAUGGCAAGCAUGUCACGUGACAGUGUUUAUAACACUGGCACUUCGGUCUAGCUUUUGCAAUAGAGAGAGAUUUAGCACAGCUAGGGUUAUAGUACUGGUAGCAAUUACUUGUGAAACCACAACCAUAAUGCAAAGAAAUCGCAUUUGCUUUGUGUAGCUCCUCUCUCUGAAAAGACAAAAAAAAAAAUGAAAAGAAAUGCCCUUAGAACAGUUGCCACUUGCUGGUACAGUUCAACGGCACGUCACUGUAAUACAGUUGGCCUUUACAAUCACUCCUGAUGUGUGCUUUCGUUCAAAUCGAUAUCACAAGAUGGCACCACCAGUGCUGCCAUUCAGAUCUACUCUUUUGUGUGCUUUGUACAUGCCUACACUAAUAUAUCUUUGUUAUGUUAAAGUUAUACUGUAUAUUGCUUGAUCUAAAACGCUUCACUGUGCCAUAGCAGUGUAAAUAUACUACGUGCAUGUCAGUAUUUUGAGACAGCAACUUCAGUGGCAUUAGUAACUAGUGUGCACUCACUCUAGUUACCACUAGCACUAGUUCAUGUAUGAACACACACGCAAAAGGAGGCAGCUGGUUUGGCCAAUGCUUUCGUGGCUCUGUGUGCAAUGUAAAUAGGCCUUUUUUGUUCUGCUGGUAGCUUACAUUUGCAGUCUAACCCGUAUCUACAGUUAAAAUCUUUAUGGCACAUAUGCACGUUUGCAGUGUGCUAUGAACUCUUCUUGCCAUGUCCCUUACCAGAAAACAGUACAUUUCGCAUAAUUGUCCCGGUCACAUGACGUCAGUGAAAACGUGCGUCAAGUGAACUGCAUUUGUGCAAGGAUAGCUUCCGAGGAUGCCAAAAUUGUGGCAGCCUCGGAGGUCAGCAGCAUUUCAUCUCUGGGAACUUUAGCUGUUGCAUUUGGCAAGUUAAAGCUAUGUAAUUUUGAGUAUUUCUCUUAUACAUUGUCACAUAAUGGUGGCAAAAGCUAUGAGACACAUAGCCUAAGUAAGCCACGGGCUUGAGGUAUCGGCAUUAAUUUUGAAGUGGGCAACCGUGAGUGGAUGGAAUGUACACAUCUUACGCAAGUUUAAUCCCACAUUUUCUGUGUCCGAAAUAAAUUAAAGAACCUUAAGUACAGUCAGAGUGUUUUGUGUAAUGGCUCAGCAUUGUCGCUUUUGUCUAGGCUGCUGUGAAAUCGGCCAAGCUCUGCUAAUGAACCUUUGUGACCAGACUGCAAAAUUUCAAUGUACAAAUGGUUUUGAGAGGAGCAAGCGUUUCACAAAGAAGCACUCGAGGCAAAGGUGGAUGCUCCGUUUACAAUCGCAACAUAGAAACCGUUCGAGAGCAUCCUAUUGCCUUUGGUUUCACUGCAUGGUACUUUGGAAACCGCUCAACAGAGUCCUCUGAUGGUACGCAAGCAAUGCAAGCCGGUAGUACUGCUAAAUACAGUGCUGUACAAAUAUCAUUCUGUACAACACUAUUCAUCGAAUUCACUCAAAAUUAGCCAGUACAUGACAAUAUACAAAUGUGCCAAUUGGAUUUUCUAAAUGUGAUAAUCAUUUGAAAUGCAAUUUUUUUGCACCAUGCAAGAACUCUGUUUACGAGAACGGAAAUCUGGGCGAGUUUGUAGGAAUGCAUCAUAGAGCAGGUAGCGCAAAAAAUACAUUGACACAAGCCAGGAACAUAAACACGAGACGAGCGCUAACUUUACGACGAGUUAGCGCUCGUCUCGUGUUUAUGGCUUGUGUGAACGUAAUUUUUGCGCUACCUGCUCUGUGAAGAACUCUGUGCCUUUAAUGGCAUCGUAUAGCCACACAGGGGCAUGACCAAUGCGUGCCAUUCGAUUUCCUCACCGGUAUGCCCACUUCUAGUGGAAUUGCCAUGCUUUAAAAAUACACGCGGGGAAUUAAUUAAGGCAGCAUCACUGUGUGGCAAAAUCAAACCUUAGAUAGUGUCAAAGGCAAGGCAGCUGUAGAUGGCUCAACUGGCAUAAACUCUUUAAAUGUAUAAACACUUUUGUCUAAAGCCAGGCAACAUAAAUGGCGGUGUGUUACCCGUCAUUGUGAACAUUAUUUUUCAAGUGUUAUCUACGAAAAACACAUUUUAAAAGCUGUGUCUUUCCCCAAAGAAAACCUUUUCGCUGCUUUCUUUUUCCUUCAACGUGGGCAAGCAAUCUCCUAAACUAUCGAACUACACUCUAAAAGGGGUUUGUUUACACUUUGGGAUGCACCUUGUUCCCAAACAAUAAUCAUCCCACUUGCUCGCAUUUUUCUAGAAAAUUCUGUGCUCGUUAGUGUCCUGUAAAAAUUGCUACAAUGUGCUGAUAUAUCAUGCCAUUCGUGACAAAGUUCUGGGUGUGCAGCCUAAACGAAAAGAAACGUGCACAGAACUGUUAUUGUUUGGGGGUAAGAUAACACUAAAAACGUGCGAUUGAUUCUUUAGACGUACACGAAAUACAAACAUGGGCAAGACUUGUAUGCAUUUGCCAAUCAAAGUUUCAAAAGGCAAAAAGACAACGUAUAGGUAGGGGGGUCACUCCUAGUCAUGUAUAGAGUUAUUACCACGAGCGAGGCAUUCUAGCACAAUGUGCUUAUUGGGUGACAUUGUAUUUCUGAGCCAUGUCUAAUAUGUCCUUUUGUCUAAACAUGUUCGUGAAGAGUUUUUUUUUUUUAACUGUCCCAAUCAUCCCAAGGCAACCCUCCCAAGCAUGGGCAUUAAUAUUCAUGUUGAAUGUUCGUACCAGCCGCUUGUGGCUAUUACGACGAAGUGAGAUGCAAAGACCAUAACACAAACUAGAAAACACAUUUUCCUAACUACAUUCAACAGCAUGCGCGAUACUUCUGUCAUUCAUCCACAGAUGCUUUAUUAGAGUGAUCUGCUACACCACGAUCGCGCAUUGAGAUUUCAUUAAAUUAAGCAUGAGGUGUUUUUGUUCUAGAAUGGUAGUAGUCUCAUUGACCGACAUGUGAGAGAACAUUGAAGUUCUCCUCUACCUAUAAUUACUCAUCGCGAGACAUGCAAGCAUGUACAGAAAAGCUUUCUGGCUCCACGUCUUUACCCUUAAGUGCAUACAUGUUCACCAUAGAUUUUUUCGACAUUACGGUCUCUUGAAUGUAAGUGCUCAUCUUCCCUGUCCAAUUGCACGAUAGGGCACGUGAUUUUCGCAUUGGAUUCGUGUUACUCAUUUUUUUUUAACAGGUUAAACAGUCUUUCACAUUUUCUGUGCAUUGCGCGAGAACUUGGCGGGGAGUAGAACGUGAACACAGCUGCCUGAGCUGUAAAUUUGAUUCACUAUUUUUUGCUUCUUAGACUUGCCCUAGUGCUACCUUUCCCUUUCGCAUGUGCGCAUUUCGUCCACAUCCGAGAAACAACGCAAAGUUAGUGCAUUUUUCGUUCACUUAAAAAUUGAACUGCCUCCAGAGUGUCACGUGCAUUUGGAAUAGUUCUUAUUAUUUUGUUUUUUUUUUUCCUGUUUAGAAGAAAGCAGAGUCACCGUAUACAGGGGACUUUCUUGUGGUCAGUGUUAUGAAUGCAUUUUUUUUUUGCUAGUUUCGUUACUGGUAGAAAAAGCAUGCUCUUUUGCAGCAACUGCUAGCCUACGUGACUUUUACUGUAUCGAAACGUUUGUCUUGAAAGUGGUUGUACUGUCCUUACUCAAAGAUAUCCAGAAAGUCGUUUGCAAUUUUAUAUUUCUAGUAGUUUACAAAACUGUAAGCAGUCUUGCCACAAUGUACUCCAGGCCAGAAUAAUGCAACAAUCUCUUUCCUACUUGAUUCCUUUUCAUUGGUGGCUCGAGAGGCACCCUGCCUUUGCUGUAAUGAGGAUUGUUUUGUGAUAAGCAGUGUAUGGCAAGAAUUAGAAUCAAGCAAAAAAGACAGUAGUAUUACACUGACCCUAUUUUGCAUAAUGAACAGAAUUUUGUCUGCAUUAGCCGUAAGUGCUUAUACAACAGAUGUGCACAAAUGUUUGCCAAGCAUCUGCAAAUUCUUACAGACACUCCAUUUGAACAUCUUGCAGUAACAUGUGAGAUUUUUAUCUUUACAUGAUUGGAGGCAUUUAUUCAAUGAAUUCAGGUGCAUAGGCAAUUGACUGUAUGCAUGCACAGCAAAAAGAAAAAAAGAAGAGCUUCUAUUCUCAAUGAAAGGCUUCAUUCAAACUAAUUCAAUGGUUUUGAUGCUAGAAGAAAUUUGAAAUAGGUCUUGAAUUUCUGGGUAUCCAGUAGUGUGGAGACUCUGACAUACCAAAGAUGCUUGGAAAGGUGUGGCCGGUUGCUAACAGUGUCGUCCACGAUAUUGUAUGUGCAGUGAUAGCAGCAGCAGCCAUAAUUUGUCAUUACAAAGUUCUUUCUUUUGUUGACAUCGCAAUAAACUCUGUGAUUCACACUAA